AUGUCUUCUAGCUUUGCAACCCUCCCAAACAGUAGGAAGUCAACUCCGACUCCCUUUACUGUGGCAAUUCCAGAAGAGCAACUCAGCGACUUCCGAAAGCUUUUAGAGUUGUCGAAAAUUGGCCCAAAGACGUAUGAAAACGAAUUAACUGAUGGCCGGUUCGGCAUUAGCCGCGACUGGUUGGUUCAAGCCAAAGAAGAGUGGCUGAAAUGGGACUGCUUUCCCAACUUCACUCAGCCUAUCAAAGAGAACGGCGAUGUUUUCAACAUUCAUUUUGUCGCCCUGUUCUCCCAAAAAUCGGAUGCGAUCCCGCUGCUCUGCCUGCAUGGGUGGCCAGGCAACUUUUUGGAAUUCUACUCUAUUUUGCGUAUCUUGACUGAGAGAUACACUCCCGAGACGCUUCCGUAUCAUAUUAUUGUCCCUUCUUUGCCUGGCUACGCCUUUUCUUCUCCACCACCACUCGCAAGAGAUUUUCAGCUUCAGAACAUUGCAAGUAUUAUGAACUCAUUGAUGAUUGAGCUGGGAUUUGGCAGUGGUUACGCUGUACAAGGAGGCGAUAUUGGCAGCAAGAUUUCACGUGUCCUAGCUGCAACUUUUGACACGGUAAAGGCCGUUCAUAUCAAUUUCUGUAUUAUGCCUGAGCCAGAAGGUGUCAAGGAUAGCGACAUUAGCGAAAUUGAGAAGCAAGGCUUGGAGCGAUCCAGUACAUUUAAAGCAUUUGGCUCGUCAUAUGCUCUCCAGCAUGCAACCAAGCCCAGCACAAUUGGACUUGUGCUCGCUUCAAACCCGAUUGCGCUUCUUGCAUGGAUUGGCGAAAAAUUUCUCGCUUGGACAGACGAGAAUCCUCCAAUGGACGAGAUUUUGUCUUCGGUUACGCUUUACUGGCUGACUGAGACAUUCCCGAGAUCCAUCUACCCAUACCGACAGCUGUUUACCCCCGGACUUAUUGGAGCUCAUGAGAAUCCUGAGUGGUACAUCAAAAAGCCUUUUGGAUACUCAUUCUUCCCGAAGGAGCUUGCACCAAUCCCCCAGGCUUGGGCUAAGACAACUGGAACUCUGGAGUUCUAUCGUCAGCACGAGAGUGGCGGCCAUUUUGCUGCCAUGGAAAAGCCUGAGAUUCUGCUUGCCGAUGUGGAAGAAUUUCUCCAACAGGUGUGGAAGCCGCGAAUUUAG